GUCUCCACCCAAUGCUGAAGUUUAAGGGAUUUGUUAUCGAUAAGGAAAUACAUCCCACCAAACAUGAGCGACCACCAAUUUUUUGGUACUCCACCAGAAAACUAUCACCAUUUUCUGAAAAGAUACCCGAGAUAUUAAUUCGGCGAUUAUACCACCCACACGACUCAUAACUCUCUCCCAUCGACCUACAAUCAAUUCAACCACCGAUAGGGGAGUUAAAUUAAAGAACGACAAUAUGCCUGCACCGACAGCCCUGCUCAAGCAGGUAGACGAUACCCCUCUAUCCGACUUCCCGCUUCCCGAAGCCGAUCAAGAUGAAGAUGAAGAGUUUGCGCUGGAAGGCAUGAAUGAGCUGCCCGAGGAUGCCAAUGCGAUUCUAGUACCGGUGAAAAGAACAGGAGAGGAAGAGAUGGAGAUUGAUGAGGAGGACAAGCCACAUUUUGCGCCCGUACAAAAUACCGACCCGUCAACACACAUUCAAACCCGCAAAGUAACCAUCCCACCGCACCGCUUCACACCGCUCAAAACCGCAUGGCCUAAGAUCUACCCGCCGCUCGUCGAGCACCUGAAGCUACAAGUACGCAUGAACGUCAAGCACAAGCGAGUAGAACUCCGCACCUCGAAGCAUACCACGGAUACCGGUGCUCUACAAAAAGGCGAGGACUUCGUGCGCGCCUUUGCGCUAGGCUUCGAUAUGGACGAUGCGGUUGCCUUGCUGCGUCUAGACGAUCUAUACAUUGAGACGUUCGAGGUCAAGGAUGUGAAGACGCUGAAUGGAGAUCAUCUCGCGCGUGCCAUCGGACGAAUCGCGGGUAAGGAUGGAAAGACGAAGUUUGCGAUUGAGAAUGCGUCGCGUACGAGAGUUGUGCUGGCGGAUUCUAAGAUUCAUAUUCUAGGAGGCUUCAAGAACAUCCACAUCGCCCGCGAAUCCAUCGUCAGUCUAAUAUUGGGUAAACCUCCUGGCAAGGUGUACAACAACCUCCGAACCGUAUCCGCAAGGAUGAAGGAGAGAUUUUAAUUUACAUCAAUUUCGCAUCUCACAAAAACGGAGUCUGGCUCAGGAGUUAACGGGAAAUUUGCUUACUUAGGUCGCCUUGCAUUUCAUAGGUAGAUUACGAGACAUGAGAAGCAGUCUUGGGAAAUGUGUUUAACUCUAACGUGAAUAUUA